AUGGCCCUCAUAAUCUCUCUCAUCAUCCCUAUCCUACUACUAUCAGUUGCCCACCCCGCAACCGCCCUCUCCGCCCAACUCCACGAACUUAUCCCCGGCCCAGGCCUCCCCAGCCUCGCAUCACUAAACCUAACCACAUCUGACAUUAUCAAUCUACCUCUCCCUCUCCCCUUCGGACCCACAGGCCAAGAUCCUCCCCAGAGAGGACCCCGGAAAGAUCCCCAGUGCGGACCUGAAGAUGCAUACACGAACGUCGAUAGUCUGGUCACUUGCUACAAGUAUAUCCACAGGCUAGGCACCGAGUUUUGCGAGUUCAGGCUUCAUGAAGUAAAGACGCUGUGUCGCAUUGGGGGUGUUGGUGUUGUUGGGAUUGGGAUUGGGAAGGAGGUUGAGAGGAGUUAUUGUUCAGAUGUUGCGUUGGGACUUCUUACUGUUAUUGAUGGUUGUACGAGACCGGAUCAGAGUGCUGCGGGCUUUGCUGCUGCGAAUGGGAAUGGGAAUAUCAUAGUUGGGGGGACGAGGGUAGAUUUUGUUAUCCAUAUCAAGAGCAUGGCAGCGUGGGGUUGA